AAAGCGCCGAAGAAAAAGGACAAAACAACGGAUGAGCUGAACCGAAGCACAGUCCAAGCACGAGGAAGGGGGGAGAAGGGGAGAGGCCAAGAAAACCCAGAGCAAAAGCCCCAGAGCUCCGGAUCCGCCUACCGCAUUGCCUCGAAGCCUCCAGAUUCAGCCGAAUCUGGGCUUCCAUCCGGCGCUGCCCCGCCGGAAGGCUCGAUCUGGCACCGGAUCGACCGGCAUUUUGGCCUUGUGCAUGCUCCAGUCCCGGUGGUGAGGCAUGGGGACCUUGGGUGGCCAGUUCGACGACUUCCAUGCAGACGACCGGCGUGCUGAGGUGAUAGAUUGGCUCGGUGGGUUACUACCGGAGUUCAAUCUACCGCUGGAUUCUUCAGACGAGGAGCUGCGGGAAUACCUCAUCGAUGGCACGGCCCUGUGUUACACUGCGGACAAGCUCAUGCCUGGUGUUCUGGAGGGGGUAUGGGGAGGUUAUGCAUCAGACCAUCGGUCAAAUGUGAAGAAGUUCCUCUCCGUUGUCGCGGAGAUGGGACUGCCAGGAUUCAGUGUGAAGGAUCUUGAGGAGGGAUCAAUGUCUUCUAUAAUAGAGUGUAUCUUGGCUCUAAAGGAUAGUGUGACAACAGGAUUGGGUGAAAAUAUUUCUGAUUAUGCUGCUAAGACUCCAUCAAGAAGGAAACUGGAACUUCGAGAAACUGUUGGGCCUGUGAUUCCAGUUUCCGCACCAGGAAGAUCUCCUGGAGAGGACAGAAGAAGGGGCCUUUGGGACCCCAAAACCCCACAAAGAAGUCCUCUUCUUUCAGGACAAAAGGUCAAUGAGGUUUUCCAAUUUAAGCGUGGACAGUACACAGAUAUUCCUAGUGCUAAGAUUUCAGAGAUGAUCCAGUCAAAUAGUUUAGAUAGUGCCCCUACUCAAUCACUUCUUAGAGUUGUUAAUGGCAUUCUGGAUGAAAGUAUUGAGAGGAAAAGAGGAGAAAUACCACAUCGAGUUGUUUAUUUACUAAGGAAUGUUGUUCAAGAGAUUGAGCGCCGCUUCUCUAUUCAAGCUGACCACAUUAGAAAUCAAAAUAGCAUCAUCAAAACGCGUGAGGAUAAGUACCGCUCAAAAAUUAAAGCGCUUGAGACAUUAGUAAAUGGGACAAAUGAGGAAAACGAGAUGGCAAUAAACCGGCUUGAGCUAGUUAAGGUAGAGAAGUCAAAAAUUGAUGAGAGAAGAAAACUAGGUGAGCAAGACAUGGUUCGGCUGAUGCGAGAAAAGGAGAAUGCAGAGAAUACAGUCACUAAUCUUCAGCAAGAAAUUCAAGUCAUGAGUAGGAUGUUUGAAGAAUACCGGGAGCAGAUGGAAACAAAAGCAAGCCAGAUGGAGGAACAAUUGACUCUAAGAGCUAAGGAGGCUGAGUUUCUUCUUAUGCAAUCGAAAAAGAGAGUCGAAGAAGUUGAAGCUGCUUCUGAACUAAAAUCACAACUCUGGAGCAAGAAAGCAAAUACUUUUCAUAGUUCUAUGGAUAAACAAAAACUCUCUAUUAAGGACAUAAGGAUAUCGUCUCAGUCUAUUAAGCAGGAAAUGUUUGCCCUUCAGAUGAAAUGGAGGGAUGAAAUAUCUAAUGUCGGACUUGAACUAAAAGGUUUGGUAGAUGCUGCUGAAAAUUACCAUGGGGUUCUUGCUGAAAAUCAGAAGUUAUUUAAUGAAGUGCAAGAAUUGAAAGGUAAUAUAAGAGUAUACUGUCGUGUCAGACCAUUUCUUCCUGGUCAAGAUGGAAAAUCAACCGCAGUUGAUUAUAUUGGUGAAAAUGGUGAGAUUCUCAUUUCAAACCCCUCCAAGCAAGGAAAGGAUGGCUAUCGAAUGUUCAAGUUUAACAAGGUGUUUAGUACACAUGUUUCUCAAGCUGAAGUUUUCUCCGAUAUCCAACCUUUGAUCAGAUCAGUUCUUGAUGGAUUCAAUGUGUGUAUUUUUGCAUACGGUCAAACUGGUUCUGGAAAAACAUACACAAUGAGUGGCCCAGGAACAUCAAAAGAAGAUUGGGGUGUUAACUACCGAGCUUUAAAUGACUUGUUUGAUAUCUCUUUGAAACGGAGAAACACUUUCUCAUAUGAGGUGGAAGUACAGAUGGUUGAGAUAUACAACGAACAAGUCCGGGAUCUUCUAUCAAAUGAUAUUGCACAAAAAAGACUUGGAAUUUGGAGUACUUCUCAACCUAAUGGACUUGUCGUACCCGAUGCGAGUUUAGUUCCUGUCAAAUCAACAUCGGAUGUACUAGACUUAAUGGAAAUUGGACAAGCAAAUAGAGCAGUUGGAUCAACAGCACUGAAUGAAAGGAGUAGUCGGUCCCAUAGCAUUCUAACUGUGCAUGUUAGAGGGCUGGACUUGAAGAAUGGAUCUACAUCUCGAGGAUGUCUACAUCUGAUUGAUCUUGCUGGGAGUGAGAGAGUUGAGCGAUCUGAAGCAACCGGAGAUAGAUUAAAAGAAGCACAACAUAUUAACAAGUCCCUUUCUGCUCUUGGAGAUGUCAUCUUUGCUUUAGCUCAGAAGAAUGCCCAUGUGCCCUAUAGAAAUAGCAAACUGACUCAAGUUCUUCAGAGUUCUUUAGGUGGACAAGCAAAGACACUAAUGUUUGUUCAAAUAAACCCUGAUGUGGAAUCAUGUUCAGAAACAAUAAGCACUUUAAAAUUUGCUGAGAGGGUUUCAGGGGUUGAGUUAGGUGCUGCAAGGAGCAACAAAGAGGGAAAAGACAUAAAAGAUCUGCUAGAACAGGUUGCAUCUUUGAAAGACACAAUAGCACGAAAGGACAUGGAAAUUGAACAGUUCCAAGUCUUGAAAGACAAAUCAAAAUCUCCUAGUUCAUUAACAGAUAAAAGUGGCAAUAGCUCGCUUAAACAGUCUACGUCCUCUACUGGUUUGUCAGCACUCACCAUGGCAAGUCAACAGAACCAACUAAUAUCAGGUGAAAGAUUGCUGAAGUCCAGUGGUAGACUUCUGUCAAACCCUCAAAAUUAUACAGUAUUAAUGGAAGCAAUAACGGCCCCAUCCACCAAUGCAGGGUCCAUGGGAUCAGGUGAAACCGAAUAUGAAGAUAAUGCAUCCGAUGAUGGCUGCUCAGUAGGUGAAACUGAGUAUUCUGUUGGUAGUGCUUCAGAAACAGCAGCAGAACGGAUGCAGAAAGCUCCAUCAAGAUUAACCAGAUUUUUUCUCACAAAGAAUGGGCAGCCAGCAUCAGCUUCAAGAACAAGAUCAAAGGAACCUGUUCCGAAGACUACAGGUCGCCCGAAAUCUACAACCGGCCAGGUGACUGGAGGAUCUUCAGUCAAGCCUCCGAAAAGACGGGUAGUCCAGUAGAUGGAUUUUGAUAUCUUGCAUCACCUGUAAUGCAACCAAAAAAUGUUUUGUGCUGUAAACCUUCAACACAAGGUGCAGUUUAGGAAGUACUGUACCAGCUUUGUAUCGACCCCAUUGGCCAUGGCCAGGCAGCCAUGUGCUGAUCGAUGAUGAACAGCCGAGUUAUGCGGGCUCGUCGCUGCGAUGAGAUAUCUAUGUAUUUUUUUUUCUUUUUUGACAUAAGAUAUGUAUUCUUGGCCUGCCAUUACAGUGUAGGUGCCUGGCGUAGUUUUUCUUUGCGCUGGCGCUAUUUUCAAGACUUCCAUGAAGCGGUUGUAGUAAGCUGGUAAACCGCAUGUACCAUGUUGAUAAGACAGGCUUUUCUUACU